CUCGGUGAAUUACUGUCUUUCAUUCGUCCUACGUAGUUCUAGUCCUUCUUGGGUCCAACGCCGAUCGUUAUCUUUAUAGAAUGCGUUCCACUGCCGCCGCUGCUCUUUCUGUCCUUGCCGGGGCUGCCUAUGUCUCCGCCCAGGCUACCGUCUCUACGCAGCCCGUUGCUUCUGUCACCGUGACCGCUUCUUCCCUUGCGACCUCGGCCACUGCUACGCUCACUCCCGUCACCAUCGAUGGUAACGCCUUCUUCCAGGGCAGCGACCGUUUCUACGUUCGUGGUGUCACCUACCAGCCCGGUGGUGAGGCUUCCGCUCAGACUGACGACCCUUUGGCCAACACCGAGGCUUGCAAGCGUGACAUUCCUUACUUUGAGCAAUUGGGUAUCAACACCAUCCGUGUUUACAACGUUGACAACUCUGCCGAUCACUCUACGUGUAUGAACAUGUUGCAGAAUGCUGGUAUCUACCUCUUCGUCGAUGUCAACACUCCCAGGAUCGCUCUUUCCCGCACUGACCCGGCGGGCUCUUACAACGCCAUCUACCUUCAGCACGUCUUUGCUACCGUCGAUGCGUUCAAGAACUACUCUAACGUUGUCGGUUUCUUCGCUGGUAACGAGGUCAUUAACGAUGCCAACAACACCGAGGCCGCUCCCUACGUCAAGGCUACCGUCCGUGACUUGAAGGACUACAUCAGCAAGCAGUCUGACCGUCAGAUCCCCGUAGGAUACUCUGCCGCUGAUGUCUCUGAGAACCGUAUCCAGCUUGCUGAGUACUUCAACUGCGGUGACGAUGCUACUGCCCGUGCUGAUUUCUACGCCUUCAACUCCUACUCCUGGUGCGGUGAGUCUUCUUACACCACCUCCGGAUACUCUCAGCGUGUCGAGGACUUCAGCAACUACUCUAUCCCCCUUUUCUUCUCCGAGUACGGAUGCAAUUUGGUUUCUCCCCGUCCCUUCACUGAGGUUGAGUCUAUCUACUCUGAAAACAUGACCCCCGUCUUCUCUGGUGGUUUGGUCUACGAGUGGACCCAGGAGUCCAACAACUACGGUUUGGUUGAGGUCAAUGGUACUAGCAUCACCCCUCUCCAGGACUACGAAAACUUGAUGGAGGAGUUCGCGAAGACCUCCAACCCCUCUGGUGACGGCGGUUACAAGACCGACGGUUCUGUCGCUACCUGCCCCAGCAAUCAGACUCACUUCGAGAUCACCUUCGCUGCUGAGGACCUGCCUGUCAUUCCUUCCGCUGCCCAGGCUUACAUCCACUCUGGUGCUGGCAAGGCUUUGGGUAACAAUGGACCUACCAACCAGGGUCAGGGUUCUACCGCCAUCCAGUCUCUCGCUUCCGCCGGUACCGCUACCGCUUCCGGAUCCUCCACCGCCACUGCCUCUGGUGCCCAGUCUUCCGGAACUUCUUCCUCUUCCUCUGGUACUUCCAACAACGGCAUGGGUUUGACCAAGGCUGUCUUUGCUUUGGCCGUCGCCAUGGCUGUUGGUAUGUGCGCCGUAUAG